AUGGUCGAGGACGGGCGACGCCAAGUGCUCCUGCACGGCUUGGUCUUUGCGUCAACCUUUGAUUCGGGCAACCUGCAGACUGUUGUCUACGACGCCGGCGCGAGCGAGUAUGUGGUGACGGCGGCGCCCGACCCGGCACGGACGCCGUCGCCCACAACCUGGUUUUACUUUUCCAUCUCGAACCUGGCGCCGCACCAAAGCAUUGCCUUGCGCGUGCGCAACCUCGUACGUCAUGUGGCCUUGUACGACCAAGACAUGCGCCCAGUCACGCGCGCUCUGCCGUCGCAGCGCAAGUGGGAGCGGCUGCACACCAGCGUGGGCAUGACGCCGUCGGACCCCGACUUUUCCAUCACGUUUCGCCUCACGGCGCCGAUGCCCGGCGACGUGGUCUACGUCGCGUUCACGUAUCCGUAUGCGUACGCAGAUCUGCAGCGCUCGCUACGCCGCCUCGACGCCGACAUGGCGGCGCGCGACGACCUCUACUACUGCCGCGAGACGCUCGUGACGUCAUUGGACGGACACAACGUGGACCUGCUCACGCUCUCGUCUCGGCGCCAUCUGGUCGACGCCUGCGAGCCGACAGUGCCAGAGCUGUUUCCAGAGCACGAUGCACCACGGUCGAGGCUGUUUCAAACGAAGCGGGUCGUCGUGCUCACAGCGCGCGUGCACCCGGCCGAGACGCCAUCGAGCUACGUGGUCGACGGCGUCCUCGCGUUUCUCGUCAAGCGCGACGACCCGCGCGUCGUCGCUUUGCUGGACGCCUUUGUCUUCAAGAUCAUCCCCAUGCUCAACCCGGAUGGCGUUGUACGCGGCUACUACCGGCACGACACUCUGGGCCAAAACCUCAACCGGUACUACGACGCGCCGACCCUGGAGGCACAACCGACCAUCUACGGCGUGCGCCACUGGUUCCUCGCAUUGUGCGACGCUGAGGCGCCCAGCGUGUACGUUGACCUGCACGCGCACGCGGCGAAGCGCGGGUGCUUCAUUUACGGCAACCGUCUCGAGUCCAUCGACGCGCAGGUGGCGACGCAGCUCUUCCCCAAGCUUGUCGGACUCAACUCGGCUCACUUUGAGUACGACCAGUGCACCUUCACGGCCGAAAACAUGGUCAUGGUCGAAAAGCGCGACGGCGGGCUGUCCAAGCAAGGCUGUGCCCGCGUCGCCUUGCACAAUGCGACGAAGGCCGCGCACCCGAGUUUGCACUUUUACACGCUCGAGUGCAACUACAACAGUGGGCGCAAGCCGGGGCGUGUGCCGCCGACCGGGACCUGGGCGCCCCGCGGCGUCAAAGCGUCUGGUCCUUUGAGCCCCGAAGUCGCGGCCCGGUCGUAUUUGCCCAAAUACACGCCGGCUGCGUGGGCCGAUGUUGGCAAGGGUCUCAUGCUGGGUCUCUUGGACCUCUACGGCCUCAAUCCGUGUUCGCGCCUUCCGCAGUCGUCGUGGCGGACGCUGGCCGGCGUCGUGCAGGAAACCCGCCGACAAGUCGCGCCAACGUUCAUCAAGACACCGGCCUCGGCGUCAGCGUCCUCGGCAAUCGAGAAGCGCAAGAGCAGCUUGCGCAGCAGCAACCAAGACGAGACAUUAUCCACCCAAGUCCGCGCCAUCAAGGCGGCACCGGGCACCGUCCGCCUCCAAAAGCCACUCUUGCGUCGUCAAUCAACGUCCAAGUAG